AUGGCCGUGUUGUACUUCUUCCGCGAACCGGAAACGGUUUUCGAUUGUGCCGGAUUCAUUUGCAUCCUGCAGUUCCUUAUGGGCUGCAAUGGUUUCGGCAUACGUGGAUCGAACUUUAGGAUCAGUCGGGCAAGCAGAAUCUAUUCCAUGUCGGUGGCCAUUGCGGCGUUAUGCUGUCUCUUUGUGUCCCUGAGUGUCCUUUUGGCAGCCGAAGAUGUAAAGGAACGCCUGGCAAAGGCAGACAAUCUAGUGCUGAGCAUAUCAGCCUUGGAACUGGUAAUGUCCACCUUGGUCUUUCUGGUCACUGUGAUAUCCUUGCAAGUAUUUGCACGCCGGCACUUGGGAAUCUAUCAGAGAUUGGCUGCCUUGGAUGCCAGGCUGAUGAGCGACUUCGGAGCUAAUCUGAACUAUAGAAAAAUGCUGAGAAAGAAUAUAGUGAUGCUGGGAAUAGUGACCAUUAUUUACCUGAUGGCCAUCAACAGUGCCGCCGUCCAAGUGGCCAGUGGUCAUCGAGCUCUCUUCCUGCUUUUCGCCCUGUGCUAUACGAUAGUCACCGGAGGACCCCACUUCACGGGCUAUGUGCACAUGACCCUGGCCGAGAUGCUGGGCAUCCGUUUCCGGUUGCUGCAGCAACUGCUCAAGCCGGAAUUCCUCAACUGGCGAUUUCCGCAGCUGCACGUACAGGAGUUGCGCAUACGCCAGGUGGUGUCCAUGAUCCAGGAGCUGCACUAUCUCGUCCAGGAGAUCAACCGAGUCUACGCCCUCAGUCUGUGGGCAGCCAUGGCGCAUGAUCUGGCCAUGAGCACGAGUGAAUUGUACAUCCUGUUUGGCCAGUCCGUGGGCAUUGGCCAGCAGAAUGAGGAGGAGAACGGCACUGGCUAUCGAAUGCUCGGCUAUGUGGCCCUGGUCAUGAUCCCACCGCUGUACAAGCUCCUGAUAGCCCCGUUCUAUUGCGAUCGCACCAUUUACGAGGCAAGGAGAUGCCUGCGCCUCGUCGAAAAGUUGGAUGAUUGGUUCCCCCAAAAGUCCUCGCUGCGACCGUUGGUCGAAUCCCUAAUGUCGUGGAGGAUUCAGGCCAAGAUUCAUUUCACCAGUGGCCUAGAUGUUGUGCUCAGCCGCAAAGUUAUUGGUUUGUUUACAUCGAUUCUGGUCAAUUACCUGCUCAUCCUCAUCCAGUUCGCCAUGACCCAGAAGAUGGGCGAGCAAAUCGAGCAGCAGAAGAUUGCACUGCAGGAAUGGAUUGGAUUCUAA